AAUCCAUAACACCAUAUUGCAUUCUUCUGUAGACACCGCUGUCAGUUAAGGUGAGAGAGGCCCUCAAGUCAGGGCUCAGCUGUGAGACUCAGCAUUACUUAUGCAUGAAAACUACGGCCAGUUGUGUUCAAAUCCCUUCGAGAGGACCCUGGCAUUGUGGUCCAGGCUGGGGUAGGGGAGAGGAAAAUGGAAGCAAAGUGAACAGUGCGUGGCAGCACCAAGAGCAGCCAGCAGAAUGGCUCGGAAUAAGCAGGGUAAUAGGAGCAGAGGAGGCUGGGAAGGUGGGUGCUCGUUCACAUUCUUCUCUGUCUCAAAGGCCUACCAGUGGGUGGGUCUCUCCCCUGGAGGCACGAGAGAGGCUGGUGGAUGGAGCAGGUGACAGAAAACCUAUUCUCUGAGCAGUGAACUCAAAGAUCAUUACUUAGUCACUUCCUCCUGAGAGGCUGCCUCUCCCCAAGCUAGAGUGCUGACCAGGGCAAGGUGGGUGUAAACCAGCAUGCCGGAAAGGUUCUUCUUCCAAUCCCUUGGAAGUACCCUGAUAGACAGUGAAUUUUUUGCCUCGUGGAGUAUCCAAGAAAACCCCAGGCACCCAGUAUGCCAUAGCUCCUGGCCUCAGAAGCAAAACAGAAAAAGAACUGUGUUCUGGACAGAGACCACAGCAGACCCACCCAGGGCAGCAUGGGACAGUGGAGUGAUGCCGCCCAGAGUCUCUGGAGUGCCAGCAGUCCACCCAUCCCUGGGCCCCCUGCUGUCACUUGCACACAGGAUUAUUGCAGAGUCCUGGAGGCCGUUGAGGAGAGCCAGCCCGACCUCAGGACCUCCUCCCACUCGGAAUGAAAGUGACUGACAUUCUACAAUCCGUGGCUGUGGCAGGCAUCUUUAGCCCGGUUGGGAGCGAGUACUAGGGGACAAGCAAUGUGGAUGCAGACUGAGACUGAAAUGCGCCCGGAAGACCGGAUCUAAAUCUAACCCACCGCGAACGUCCCCAGGGUCCUUGAGGAGGCGGGAUGUCUUGUGAACAGGCUUGUGGGUCACAGACAGCCUCGCAUGGCUAUUCCCAAAGACGGUCAGUUAAAAGCAGCAUCCAUGGCUAUUCAUUGCCCGUCCUCUUGAAAAAAAGUUCCUCAGCUGCUCCGGGGAAGUUCUGGAACUCUUUGGCUGUGUUCGUCUGAGGGACUGUGUCUUUGGAGGGAGCAGCAGGCUUCCUGUCGCUCCUAAACCUGCAGGGCCGAGCGGGGCGGCCAGGUGGCGCUGUACUGCUCCGAGCGUCCCCCCGCCGCGCCCCGCCCGGCCCGGGAAAAGAGAAAGCGGCUUGACUGGACGACUCGGAACAGACCACCGAGGGUGCGCGCGGGGGGGUGAAGCGGGAUACGUGCUCCCGACUCCAGCACGCAGCGCAGCUGCCACCAGCACGUCUCCCCCUCGGAUUGUUGGGAGAGGUGGUGCGCUCCGGUCCCCAGAGCUUCCAGGCUCUCGGGCAGGACCGGCGGCCGGCACCUGCGCAGCGGGCUCCUGGGCAGCCGGCGCCCGCUGCCAAGAUGCUGGGGCUGCUGGUGGGGUCGUUAGCUCUGGCACUCGCCUUCUUUGCGCUGCUUGACGGCUGGUACCUGGUGCGCGUGCCGUGUGCCGUUCUGCGCGCACGCCUGCUGCAGCCGCGCGUCCGUGACUUACUGGCCGAGCAGCAGUACUCGGGCCGGGUGCUGCCGUCGGACCUGGACCUACUGCUGCACAUGAACAACGCGCGCUACCUGCGGGAGGCCGACGUGGCGCGCGCCGCUCACCUGACCCGCAGCGGUGUGCUGGGGGCGUUGGGCGACCUGCGAGGUCAUACGGUGCUGGCCGCCUCGUGCGCGCGCUAUCGCCGCUCGCUGCGUCUGUUUGAGCCGUUCGAGGUGCGCACCCGCCUGCUCGGCUGGGACGACCGCGCCUUCUACUUGGAGGCGCGCUUUGUCAGCCUUCGCGACGGCUUCGUGUGCGCCUUGCUGCGCUUCCGGCAGCACGUGCUGGGUACCUCGCCGGAACGCGUAGUACAGCACUUGUGCAAGCGCAAGGUGGAGCCCCCUGAGCUGCCAGAAGACUUGAAGCACUGGAUCACCUACAAUGAGACCAGCAGCCAGCUGCUCCGUGCCGAGAGUGGGCUCAGUGACAGAAAGGACCAGUGACUGCACACCCUCCCUGCACUGCCUGUCAGCCAGUCCAUUCCACAGAACGGGCCGCCUGAACUACACUCCUAGUCAGAGUGGCCUUGGACAAGCCUGGCUCCUUUUACCCGCUUGAUGCUCCUCUGUGCUUGCCUCAUCUUGGGCAGCUGGUGGGGUGGACAUUGUUGUCCCUGCCCAGCUUGUGCCCAGAAUGCUCAGGAUCCCGGAGCAGAAGGGAUGGCGGCACAGAACCCAAAGUCAGGGCUGCUUGUGGCUCAGCAGGCCAGAGGAGUCCUGGUUAUGGCUGGGACCCUUGUGGCCUGGCUCUGGGGCCUGCAGCUUACUCAGGGACAGUGGGCCCUCUGGAGGGUCACCUUAUAGUAAGGAAGAUAGGCUAGGACCCAGCCCAAGAGCCCCUGAGAACACAGAAGGGCAAGCAGAAGCUGGUCCUUGGCUAAGAUUCUGGUGAUAGCCACCACUCUUGAUAUACUCUGUCUAGUCAGGUCACCAAGGCCAGGAGCCCUGGUGUAGGGGGUCCCGUGACCCUGCCUAGCACCUGCCCUGUCAGCUCAGGUAGAGGACAGCUGCUUGAAGCUAGGAACUGCCUCCAUGCUACCUCUCUGGGAACCACACCUGGAGUCAGAGCCAAAAGCUUCAGUGAUGUCCUGAUCUUCCUUCCCCUCCUCCCCGCCCAGCCCCCGUGCUGCUCUGCUUGCCUUAGUGCUAUCAAGGCUGCAAUGUGUUUUAUUUAAGGAAAGCACAAGAUUAAAAGAGUUUUAAAGGCA